GUUCUCUUUGUUUACUACACUCUCUGGAUCAUCAUACUGCCCUUCAUCGACAGCGACCACGGGAUCCACCAGUACUUCUUGCCUAGGGAGUAUGCGGUUAUCAUCCCCGUGGUGGCUGGGCUGCUGCUGCUGCUAUUUAUAGGUGAGCGUUUUUGUUUUGUAAUGGUCGUGAUGUGGAAGAGCAGGAAACCUGCCGAGAAAUCGGACUGA